AUGAACGCACUGAGCAUCGCCGUCGUCCUCUGCGCCGCCAUCGCCACCGCCAUGGCUGGUAAUGUUGGCCUUGCCUCCGGUCUAGGCUCCGGUCUCGGCUCAGGUCUCGCCUACGGAGGCUAUGGUCUCGGCUAUGGGCUUGGCGGUGGUUACGGCGUUGGCGGUGUCGGCAUCGGAAGCAGCGUUGCUCUCGUUAACGGUGGCCCUGCCUUUGCCAAGGCCGUUGCUGGACCAGCCUUCCUCGUGAGGACGGUGCACCACGUCAACAAGGUGCAUGGCGGAGGCGCUGUGCUCGCUCACUCUGGACUCGGCAGCGGAUACGGAGUCGGCUACGGUGGCUACGGAGGAUACGGUGGCUACGGCUAUGGCGGCUAUGGCUACAAGGGCUAA